CUGCUGAAGAUUGGAGGCCUGGUCUACGAGUUCCUGGUUCUCCGACUAGCCUCCAUUUGGCCGGACAGGGGACAACAGUUUAGGGUUGCUCGAACAAAAGCUUCAACGGGCCACAGGACGGUUGUAUUAACGCCGAAGACGCACAUUUAGUGUGUUUACAGGAGAGAAGUCCAUCAUCUCACUGCCUCCUUCUGGAGGUUUGUUGAACUCUUUCCUGAGAACUAGAGAGUCAAGAAAGGAGCAAAAGCAGAACAAAACAAGCACGGGAAAGGGGCUGGAGCAAAGGAGGUUGACAUCUCUGAUGGCGACACACUGUGACAGUACCAGAGGGGUUGGGAUAGAUGACGACAUUAAGGAGCCAUCUUCAAAGGGAGCAGAGUCAAAUAAAGAGCGAGAAGAAAAACAUGCCAGUCCUAACCCCAAAAAGGCAGUUCACCACUCUAACAUCAAUGGAAAGUCUCACCCAAGUCCCCCUGAUCAUAGGGCGACAGACAGAAAUGGCACUGAGAAAGAGCAUGUAAGCUUUAGCACCAACCAUAACUCAGUGGUCUGUCUUCCUCUGGUGUCAGAGGGGCUGAAGUUGGUUUGGACUCAGUCAGAUCAGACCCGGGAGUUGGACACUAUUCCAGAACUUGUACAGGCCUUUAAUGUAUUCCCUUACCCAACGUCUCGGGAGGUGAGCGCAUUAGCUCGUCUCUGUGCUCUUCCGCUUGACAAGGUUAAAGUGUGGUUCAUGGUACAGCGGAUUAAAUAUGGCAUCAGCUGGGCUUCUGAGGAGAUCGAGGAGACACGUCGCAAGCUGGCAGGACCAGAACGUGUAAGUGUAAACAAAGUAGAGGACAGUAAGAUAAGGAAACGGAAGAAUGGAUCUGAGGAGUUUGUAGAGGAUGACGACGAUAAAGAGGAUUCCCUCCUCCUCUCCCCACGUUUUCCAUCCAAAAGACCGAAAAACGAAUCACCCGAGCCUGCGAAGUUGCCCCCUGCUGUCCCACAUUUCCGUUCAUCUCUCCCGCCCCCUCAGGACUCGUAUUACUACCGCCACCCUGUGGACACCCCAGCUGCAACACCAGUAGCAGCUUCUCUUAGUUCUCUGGAGUCUCCUCUUGCCUCCCAACAGCAGCGGCAGGGACGUUACAAAAAGUCCAAAGCGCAGUUGGCAGCACUCCGGAGCAGCUUUCUGCGAGAGAACUGGCCUGACGAAGCAGAGCUCCGACGCUUACAGGAGGAGACGGGUCUGAGUCGGAACGAGAUCCGGAAAUGGUUUAGUGACAGUCGGUACCAGCAGAGGAAUGGCCGUGCAGGAUCUGGCUUGACCUCUCCCUCAACCACCCAUGGAGUAAAUAGUGAACCUCAGUCUCAUCCUCUCUCUCUUGCCCCUCAGCUUCAGCCUCUUUCACUCGUUUCUCAUGGGCCACGCAAUCAGCAGCAAAACGGCGUCACAGGAAAGGUUCAUGGGGAGGGAAAAGGCAUUCGUGGGAAAGGGAUGCGAAGCGGUGGGUCAAGUCAUUCCCAUUUCUUCCAGCUUUUCCUGUCCAACACCCUUGAGGCAUUUGGUGAGAGUGCCACUGGAACUGACGAGGGUGAAACAUCUGCAGAGGAGGUCUCGGAAGAGAAGCCUAAAGAUGAGAGUGAGAUCCUCAGGGAAGAGGAGGACAAUGAGAAUGAGGAGUUGAGCAAGGACUGCGUCGUGCCUGUGACAGAGCCAGAGCCAGAGCCAGAGCCCCAAGCACCCGCCUCACCUUCUCCAUCCAGCCCCUCCCCCUCUGAUUCUGCUGCCUCACCUAAGAAACGCACUUCCACUAAAAGCAGCUCAGCACAGAAACCCGCACGCUCAGCCAAAGCUAACAAUUCAGUCACCUCAUCACCUCUUUCUAGUCCCUCUUCCACCUCCCGUGCACUAACGCCUGCUGGCCGCCCACGGAAAACCAAGGAGCAACUGGAUGUGCUUAAGCAACACUUUCUGCGCUGCCAAUGGCCUAAGAGUGAGGACUAUACACAGUUGGUGGAACUGACAGGCUUACCCCGGGCAGAUGUCAUCCAGUGGUUUGGGGACACACGCUAUGCUGUGAAGAACGGGCAAUUACGUUGGGUACGUGGUGUCCGUGACCAAAUCCUUGCAGAGAUAGCGCUACAGCAAAAUGGAGGAGGAGGAGCUGGUGCCAAAGACUCAAAUAAGACCCCUAAAAAUGGCAGCAGCCGCAAACGCAAGUCACAUGUGAAUGGUGGAUCAAGCACACCGACAUCAGCAAAAGACUCUCCAGAUGUUACUCCACUGGAGUUGUAUCGUACACAGAUAGGUGCACUGCAGGAGAAGGACCUGGAUACCCUCUGUCGAAAGUCAAAGAUGAGCUAUCAACAGGUGCGGGACUGGUUUGCUUCCCAAGAUAGUGAGCUACUGAUGACUAAUUCAGAGCUCAAUGUUACUGAUUGAUAAGACCUUGGGGCUAUGUUGACAAUUGGUUACCCUUUAGUCUCCUGUUAGAUACUGUCUCCCCUGUUAUUUGUAAAAUGUUGGGCCAGGACUUGCCCAAAGGUAUAGUAUGACAGUUGAUGUUACCAGCUCAAUAUUAUGCAAGCACUGCAAGACAUGCUAAUAUGACUGUUUGACUACAUCAGUCUUCCUAGCUUAAGUAAUGCUAUAAUAAGUACUUGCAGAAAAUAUGCUGUAUCCCUCCCCUUAAUAUUUCUCCUACAGAUUAAAUUUGUCCAUGCGCUUCAGGGAUGUUUCUUGUACACUGGUUGUUCUCAUUUUUAAUGUUUUCUUAAAUGUUUUUUGUAUAUAUUACCGUUGGACAAUUUUCUAGAGCCUGGAGUUGUAGCUCUUCGUGUUGUUAUACAAAUACAGAAUUUAAUAUCUUAAUUAAUCCUCCACUCGUGACUGUAGAGUAGUUAUACAUACAAGAGACUUGACAGAGUACUGAGAGCUUUUAUGUCCAGUAUGAAAAAGGCUACUGUCUGCAAUUAUUUUCCAUUCUCAAACUUCACACUACGACCCCAUUAACAGAUCUACAUGCUCUGCUUUAAAUUAUAAUAACAGAUUGAAAACUUUAAUACUGUCAAUGUGUGCCUUACAGUCUAUUUUGUGAAA